AUGGAUGUGGUAGGCGAAAAUGAGGCCCUGCAGCAAUUCUUUGAAGGCGCGCCGUUGGGAUCUCCAUGUCAGUGUGGCUUCGGUUCCUUGUCAGCUGGACAUGCUCAGUUUCAUGAAAAGGGAAAUAUGGCUGUAGUUUUCACACAUUUCAAAGCAUUUCCCAGGAGGGAGUAUGAGAAGAAUAAGGGCAGACCUGCUUAUUUACAGAAUCCAGAGGGCAGUCAGCAGCACCUUGAGAAAGUGCUCUUGGUAACACAAAAACAAAUUCAAAAGGAUUAUUUUGGGGUGUAUACAACAGUUCAUCAUAUAAUUGGAGUAAAAGUAGCACAAGCAGGCCUCAGUAAGGCUCAGGGAGCCAACGGGACUCUGGAGAACCCAGCUCUUGAUACAAGUCUGUUGGAGGAGUUCUUGGGCAAUGACUUUGAUUUUGGGGUCUUGCAACGCCGACUCCCAGAUACCCCACCCUAUUCUGCUUCAGACCCAUGCUCGCCUCCACAGGUCAAAGGUGCAUGCCACUGGACACUCAGGCCUACAGUUGGGAGGACUCCAGCUACUUUACUCCCCUCUGCCACCACCCCUGGGAUGCCACCUGCACACCUGCCACAGACCUUCUCUGGAAUGGGCGACUCUGGCCAAACCCACGGCGGAUUUCAUAACUGCUACCCAAACACCAGUCAUCCCGCUACCCCUCUGGACCAAUCUGUGUCCGCCCGUCCGGGCAUAAGUUGUUCUUAUCAUCAGCAACCUAUGUGCCACAACCCAGGAGCUUCAUUGCCUCCAACCAAGAAGAGAAAGCACACAGAGGCACUGGAGGACUCAGGGAACUGCCGAGUGUGGGCCCACCACUCCAGACCAAUGGCAAGUGGGAGUCACAGCAAUGAAGUACAGGACCACGACAGUGAGGGACAGAAAGGGUUGCCUGUGGACCUGUGCGCUUCUGCUCUGAAGUGGCAGCCGUACCGAAGUGUGCCUUGGCAUAGCUUACUAAACAGUCAUUACGAAAAACUACCUGAUGUGGGUUAUCGAGUUGUAACAGACAAAGGAUUUAAUUUUUCACCAGCAGAUGAAGCUUUUGUUUGCCAAAAGAAGAACCAUUUUCAGAUAACUAUCCACAUUCAAGUUUGGGGAAGUCCAAAAUUUGUUAAAACUCAAAUGGGCCUAAUACCAAUAGAAAUGUUUUACUUGAAAGCUUUUGGAAUUAAGGUAGAAGCUACCAAUCAAAUAAUUGCUAUUGAACAAUCCCAAGCAGACAGGAGCAAAAAGAUUUUCAAUCCUGUUAAGGUCGACAUACUGUCUGACCAGGUCACCAAAGUAACACUGGGAAGAUUACACUUCAGUGAAACAACAGCAAAUAAUAUGAGAAAGAAGGGAAAACCAAAUCCUGACCAGAGAUACUUCAUGUUGGUGGUUGGACUGUAUGCUGCUAACCAAGACCAGUUCUAUCUGUUGACUGCCCACAUCUCUGAAAGGAUCAUUGUAAGGGCCUCUAACCCUGGGCAGUUUGAAAAUGACAGUGAUGCAUUAUGGCAGCGAGGACAAGUUCCAGAAUCUGUUGUCUGUCAUGGUCGAGUAGGAAUAAACACAGAUGCACCGGACGAAGCCCUGGUUGUCUGUGGCAACAUGAAAGUGAUGGGGACAAUCAUGCAUCCCUCUGACAGCCGAGCAAAGCAGAAUAUCCAGGAGGUUGACACAAAUGAACAGCUGAGAAGAAUAGCCCAGAUGAGAAUUGUUGAAUAUGACUACAAACCUGAAUUUGCAUCUGCCAUGGGAAUAAACACUGCCCAUCAAACAGGAAUGAUUGCCCAGGAGGUGCAAGAGAUCCUGCCCAGAGCCGUAAGAGAGGUUGGUGACAUCACCUGCGAAAACGGAGAGAAGCUGGAGAGCUUUCUCAUGGUGGAUAAGGACCAGAUCUUUAUGGAAAAUGUAGGUGCAGUGAAGCAGCUCUGCAAACUAACUAACAACCUUGAAGAAAGAAUAGAAGAGUUAGAAAUAUGGAACAGAAAGCUGGCCAGGCUAAAGAGGCUCAGUAGCUGGAAGUCCUCAGUCAGUGAAGCAAGCUCAAUCAGCAAAUUUAGCAGAGCUGUUAGUGCAUCUUCUCCAAGGAGGACCGUUCACAAAAAACCCAACAAGGUUUAUUUUUCAGGAAAAAGACAGUCGUGUCCUAACUGGCUUUUCCAGACCUUGGUUAUAACUCUAAUUGCUGUGAUGGCAUUUUGUGCCUUGACAAUAGUCUCCCUUUACAUACUUAGCCUAAAAGAUCAAGACCGACGUGCCCCAAAUCUCCCUCCAAGCAAUAUUACGAGCUCUCAGGAGCCUUUUCUGCCACCCACAGCCUCCUCCUCAGUGCCUAAUACAUCCCUGAUGACUACACAGAUCUCCUUACAAGUACCUGAAAUUACUUUCUGUGAAAUUCUGCCAUGUCAGGAGACUUAUUGCUGCCCCAUUUGGGGAAUGAAAAAAGUCUUUUCAAGUCCUGUGCAAAGACAAUCUGAGAAGAAGGAAUUCCACCAGAGGCAAUGGUCAGAAUACAAAAGCAAAUCAUUCCUGGGUAGAGAUGCAGAUGCGUUCACCAGCUCUGACUGGGGGAGUGACUGGAUUGAUACUACCAUCAGUUCUAUUCAGAUUAUGGAAAUCCAGCAAAUAAUAGACCAUCAGUAUUGCAGUAGAAGCCUCCGGUGCGGGCCUGGAAAUUACAAUUACAAUAUUCCUGUUAAUAAGCACACACCCACCAAUGUCAAAUUCUCCCUGGAAAUAAACACAACAGAGCCAUUGAUAGUCUUCCAGUGCAAAUUCAGCCUUGGAAAUAUAUGUUUCCAUAGUAAAAGGGAAGCCAAAGGGAUCCAAAGCCAUAGACAAGUCUCCCAGGAGAUGACACAGGGCUAUCAGCACAUUUGGAGUCUCCCCGUGGCCCCAUUCUCUGACAGCGCAUACCACUUCCGUGUCGCUGCCCCGGAUCUAGCUGACUGUUCAACUGAUCCUUAUUUUGCUGGGAUAUUCUUCACAGAUUACUUUUUUUACUUCUAUCGACGCUGUGCCUAAUUUAUUCAAGUUUGGGGACAUUAUCAAAGAAAAAUGCUCAGAAAUACAGUUAACGGAAACAUCCUCUGGCAUCUUCUUUUCUGUAAAACAUUCACAUUUAUCGCUGAAGGACUUUUUCAGACUUUUGCUUCCAAUGGUUUUGAGUCAUUAAUGAGGAGAAUAAACUGUUUGCUGAAACUUGAAA